AUGAAGGUGCUGGGGAGGAGGACGGUGCCAUGCCCCAGUGCAGGCGCUGCCAAGGGCGAGGCGGAGAAGCGGCUCAGCGUGCAGUACACGGCGGGCGAGGAAUGCCCCGACAACGUCUUCUUCCCCACCUCGCGGCCCCCGCACCUCGAGGAGCUGCACAACCAGGCCCAGCAGGGACUGAAGUCUCUGCAGCACCAGG